AUGUUCGUGUUUCAUAGAAACAAACAAACAAUCAAGUCACUUAAAACAUUGGUGCUUUCUAAUAAUUUACAUAAAAAGCCUUUGACUCUAAAUAACAACAUCCAAAUCAAAGAGCUUAUUUCGGCACAAUUUUUGGUAACCCAAUCACACACAAUAUCAUCCAAAACAAAACAAAAAUUGAAUGCAAUAAAGGUAGCGAUUGCAGAUGCAACGGUGACAUGUAUGUGGGUAUUCAUAUCAGCGACGUUUGGGAUGAUGACAAGUUAUAUAACAAAAAUGGUUGAUCUUCAUCACCUAUCACAUGGUGGUGUUGAUUACCCUGCUAUGAUGGUAACAACUUUAGUGUUCUUCACAUUUUUCUCUAUAUUCAAUACUAUUUGCAAUGCCUUUGGAGGUGCCAGUUUCAACCCCACUGGUAAUGCUUCCUUCUAUGCUGCUGGUUCUGGCUCUGACUCCCUUUUCUCCAUGGCUCUUCGUUUUCCAGCUCAGGCACUGGGUGCAGUUGGUGGUGCAGUGGCAAUCAUGGAAGUAAUGCCAUUAAAAUACAGGCACAUGAUUGGUGGGCCUACUUUGAAAGUUGACUCACAAACUGGAGCAAUUGUUGAAGGGGUUUUGACAUUUCUGAUUACCUUUGUGGUACUUGUAAUCUCACUGAAAGGCCCUCGUAGUUCAAUCAUGAAGACUUGGUUAAUCGCCAUGGCAGUUGUCAUUGUUGUCCAUCUCGGUUCUGUUUACACCGGCCCAGCCUUGAAUCCUGCCAUUGCCUUUGGUUGGGCAUACUUAGAGAAUUCACACAAUACAUGGGAGCAAUUUUAUGUUUAUUGGAUUGCCCCUUUCAUUGGUGCAAUAUUGGCUUCUUGGUUAUUUCGUAUUGUCUUUCCACCAAGAGUAGUAAAACACAAGAAAGCUUGAACUAUUACAGUAGAUUUCACUCUUAUGUACUCCUAUGCCAUGCUAGUGUAAUUUUAAAUUUGUUUAAUUAUGUGUAUAUUAUGCUCAUAAUUAGUUUUUCCUCAUUUAUUGAAAAUAUAUUUAUCUUUUUUU